AUACCAUGUGCACAUGAUGCCUUGCCAGCCUGCGGACACGCAGGGUGGAAACCCAAGAGACCGUAUAAAGCAGGGUUCUCGACUUUGGCCCUAUCGACAUUUUGGACCUGGUGAUUCUCUGUUGAGGGCCUGUCCUCUGCUCUGUAGGAUGUUGAGCAUCAUAGCAGCAUCCCUGACUACACGUAAGAUCCCAGUAGCACACACCCUCCCCUGCACCCCUACCCAAGGGGUCGUGACAACCAAAAAUGUCUUCAGACACUGUGUAGUGUCCCAGGGCAGGAGGUGGGGAGAAUCACCCUCAGUUGACACCCUCCAUAUAAGGUGAUGGUUGGGCACAGGCUUUGCAUUAGAACCGGGUUUGUGUUUUUACUCUGCCUUGUACUCUCUGAGUGACUUUGGCCAAAUUCUUAACUCCUUUGAGCCUCAGUUUUCUCACCAACAAAAUGAGGAUAACAAUGAUCUUAUCUAUCCCAUGGUUGCUGUGACCCUUGGCUGAAUUAAUGCAUAUAAAUUCUUUAGCGCCUAUCUCGGCCCGGUAAUAAACGGUAAAUAGUAGCUGUUUUUACUGUGGUGGACUUAUGUUACAGACACAUUUAGGGGAAGUGCUCAAAGUGAAGCAAGAGAGGGCAAGAAGUGAGUCUGAACAGUGCAGGUGAAUCCACCCCCACUGACUCCACCCGCUGGGGUGAGCCCAGGAUGAGAGGCAGCCAGAGCUGGGCUGUCCGUCCUUCUUAGGUUCUGUCUUGACUUUGAUUGCAUGAUCAUCUAGGCAGGGGCUCUCAGCCUCGCCACUCUAAGCAUUUGGGGCCAGAUAAUUCUCUGUUGUGGGGCUGUGCUGGGCAUUGUAGGAUGUUGAUCAGCUUCCCUGGUCUCGACCCACUAGAUGCCAAUAGCACCCUCCCCCCUCCCCCAGUCAUGUCAACCGGAAGUGUCCAGACAUUGCUCAGUGUCCCCUGGUGGGGGGAGCCUCCCCCACACAGUUGCCCCCCAUUGAGAACCCCUGAUCUGGCCGGACCAAGUAUUAGUCCAGAGAUUUUCAAGGGUGGUUUGGCUUUCAUCAGUUCUCACCUUACUUUUUGAUUUAAGACCUAACCCCAGAGAGGAUGGGAUGCAGCUGAGUUUUUAUUAAUGAGCUAGAACUCAAAACAGUUGGAAUCCUCAGUUCACUUGAUUCUCACCACCCCCUUCCCCUGCCCUAAACUUAAUUCUUAGGAGAAGUGAGAAGCAAUUUUUCAAAGUUUUCAUGAAGCUAUGAUAAACAUUAACCCUGGGGUUUGUCCUGAGGUCAACUCUUGCAUGCCUCUCACACCCGGGGCAGAUGGGGCCUGGCGGUAGCUGAGGGUGCCAUGCUAAAGUCUUUAUGUACUUGGAAGAAAAUUUAAGUUUUGACAGGGAUCCUGUGUAUGGACAGAAAAGCUUGCAGUUCUGCAAGUUUAAAACUUCUCCACCGCAUCUCCAGCCUGCCUCCCAGUUAACUGGAAAAUGGACUCACCCCAGCAGUCCCGUUGCCUGCAGGCAUCAUGGGGUAUGAGGGCCGGUCGGGAUCUGCUGUGUGCUUGUACGCUGAAGGAGCUGGAGAGAGAGGAGGCGACAGGAAGUUCCUAGGGUCAGAGCCAGGAAGCUUAGAAUGGCCUUGGGAGCAGGGACCGUGUUUGGGGCCAGCCAAGGGGGCAUUUUAGGUACCAGUCGAAUUCCUGCCUAGUAAGUGAGUUCAGGCCCAGAGAAUAGACUGGGGUAGAGUGGGAAAUGGGGGCCAUUUGGGGAACAAUGGAAUGCAUCUGGGGGACUUGAAAAGGGCCUUUCUCAUGUAAUGGAAACUACCUGGGAAAGGCAGCUGGUAUUGACCUGGCCGAGCCUUGGUAGCUCUCCAUGGUACUUUGAAACCAUCAGGAGGCAGAUGGGUUUGCUUCGUUGUCUAUUCAGGAUCUGGUGGUAGUGCUGGCAGCAAGCAGCAGGGGUUCUCUGUUUUGUUUGAAGGGGGUUUGUUUUUGCCACCUCGUGCAGUAACCUUCCUGUGGUUCCACAAGCCGUGUUCGGUGUGGCUGUGCACUGCUUGGUAGAAAACUAUACAGCACAGAGUCUCAGAGUAAAGUCCCUGUACUCCACUUCAUCCUUGGUUGUCUUGGCACUUGGUGCUAUUGCGUAGCACUCGCUGUGAAUAUUAACCCUGACCGUGCUUCACGCUUAUUUAAGGAGGUUGUGGAGGAGAAUUAAAACUGAUGCUUUGGCUGCACCAUUGGAGAUUGUUGCAGGAGGUCCGCAGUGUCUAGGGCCCCACAGAUGUUUUACGACAUGGAGCCAGAGUCAAAAACCACAGGCAGAGAUUGUAACCUUACUUUGGGGGCAAGCAGACAUAUAUAAUUUGGCUCAUUUAGGUUUGUCUUUGUUUGCUUUUAAUUAGGAGCCAACACUUAAGAAUUCCGAGAUUUCAGGGGAAAGAAUAAUCCAGGUUUCUGAUUUCUCUUGAAAAACAGCAACCAGCCUCAGCCUGCGUUCCUGCACAGUAAUGAUUUGCCAGGACUAAGGAGCAGCUGCCACCUUGAGAUAGACUGUGCCUUCCUAGACACUGCGGUCUCCACCGACUUGCUUGGGACCUGGCCCGCUUCCCCCUUUUCCAGUGCCUGCCUGACCUUGGCUGCCAUUUGGGCUUCAGCCCUGUCGUAGCACCUCUUAGACAGGUGCUUGGCCUGAGUGGGGCCUGUAAGGAGAUCCAUGUGGGUUUCUCCCCUGUCUCAAGCCCCAAAGGAAUUUUAGACCGGAACUGACUGGCAGGCUCCGGUUGAUAGCUUGUGGCACAAUCGGAAGUGCCCUUGGUUUGUGUCGUGUCUCUGCCACUUACUUGCCCAGGAGCUUGGGCAAAUUGUUUGACCUCAAUUCCUGCAUCUGUAGAAUGGGAACGAUGCUAAUCAAGUCUGAGGAUUGUUGUGUGAAAGGAACAUAUGGCAUGGGAUUGGCCCACUGGUAGGUGCGGAUCUUUGUCAGUUACUACUGGCUGUUAGUCUUCUGAUUGGAUGCCUAGGUAGAGAGAAAGCUCCUUUCGGGUUAUAGCCAAGUUUCAUUGAGACGUUCCAGUGGGAUCUGUCCUGUGUAUCGUGGGAUGUUUGGCAGUGCCCCUGACCUCUACCCAAAUGUCUCUAGACGUUGUCAGAUGUCCCCCCGGGGGCAAAAUCGCACCUGUUUGAGUACCCCUGUGGUAGGGGAUUCUGUUGACCCUCCCCCUGCCAAGAGACUGUGCAACAUAGUCAUCUGAUCUACUAAAGUCCUAGGAUGCUGCACACAUUUAAAUACACAAAUGGAGCCGGGAGGGAGAGAGGAGGUAAUUCACAGAUGCUGGGGCAUCACCCUGGUUUGUGCCGUCUGACCCACUGAGAAUUUACUUUGGUGUAUAAUGUGAGUUAGGGAUCUGACUCAGUCUUUUUCUCAUCCUCAGCACAGUUGAUAUUUGGGGUUGGAUCAUUUGUGGUUGGGGGAGCAUCCUGUGCACAGUAGGAGGCUGAUCAGCAUCCCUGACCUCCAUCCACUAGAUGCUGUUAGUAACUCCUCCCCAUCGUGAUACCCAGGAAUGUUUUCAGACAUUGCCCAGUGUCCAGGGGGUGGAGUUGGGGGCAAAAUAAAAGUGUCCAAGAAUAAACUGUUUGCCAACUAGAGCUUAGGGCUCACCCUCCCAACCUUUUUUUUCCAUUAUGGCCUUUUGGCAGCUGUAGGCAUCAUGGACUUCAUGUGCCUGUUAAGGGGGACCAGUGUUUUCCAUGACCUUCAGCACUGUUCCAAGUUCCAGGUGGGGACCUUCCGAGAUGCUCUGCAUCUGGGCCAUUCCCUUUCACGGGGGCUGAAGCCCAAGGCCGUGUCUGUAAGAGGAGUCAGCCUGUCCCAGUGUGCCCACCUCCAGCCACUGAGUCUAGGAGCCCAGCUCAUCCUUUCCAGUGGAUCGUUUUGACUCACUGGGCACUCAUUCUCCUGAAACCUGACAGAGACGACAGUGGUUUCUCCAUGCACGUGUCUAGGAGAAAAGCCUGCCAUUGCUCCGCCCGUCUUUGUGUUUCAGAAGGAUAAAGGACAAAAGUUUUCCGAGUGGUAUUUUCAAGAUACAUCAACCUCUGCCGUCCCCUGUCCCUUGGGCCCUGACCAGUGCAUACAUGUGUUUUUAUCAUUUGUCCUUUGGAAGUUCAGUCACUGUGAAGGGGCUUGAUGUGCUUCUGGCUUUUAGAGUACUGUUUUCACGGUUGAGGUGGUUCUGUUGCUUCGUAAUUCAAAGGCUGACUUACACGUGUCACCUUCAGAAGGUUGAUGCCAAUUGCGUAAACGGGGUGAGGUUGAACCCGAAGAGUCUCCAGGGAGGUGCUCGUCACCGUGAAACUGUGCGCAUCAAAAUAUUGACUCAGUGCCAGCUCUAAAUGGGCUUCUAGAAAUAACUGACCUCCAGCUCUUCAGAGUUCGCCUGCUGUCACACUUGUGUGACAAGAUCAUCGGAAGGGCACGGAAAACCUCUGCGUCUAACGGCAGAGGCCGGAGGAGCCUGCAUGUCCGUCGGGGCCGCCCUCUGAGCUGCCGGGUGGGCGGCUGCCCAGUGGACACAGAGCCCUCCUCCUUUCUCUGCUGCUAUGACAGCUCGGGCGUCGGGCGGGAAGGAAGCGGAGAGGCUUGGACAGCCGGCUUCAUGGCCGCAUGGCUCCCCGGCCCAGGGGAAGCGACGGGAAGUCCUCUGCAGAGCAAAAAGACUUGUCGGAUUCGGGAGAGGAGCCUCGGGGGGAGGCUGAGGCCCCCCACCAUGGCACGGGUCACCCCGAGUCAGCUGGUGAGCAUGCCCUAGAGCUUCCUGCCCCCGCUAGCGCUUCAGCCAGCGCUCCUGAAGCCCAGCUUCCUCCUUUUCCACGAGAACUGGCAGGGAGGUCAGCCGGAGGCUCCAGCCCCGAAGGUGGAGAAGAUUCUGACCGAGAAGAUGGAAAUUACUGCCCUCCCGUCAAGCGAGAAAGGACAUCCUCUUUAACGCAAUUCCCGCCUUCACAGUCAGUAUCAAAAAACAAUGUUUUUAUGCCAUCCACCUUCUGCGAGCCAUCUGCAGGCAAUUCUGACUCAGAACCAGAGGAAAAGAGCAGUGGAUUCCGGUUGAAGCCGCCGACCCUGAUCCACGGCCAGGCACCCAGUGCAGGUCUGCCGAGCCAGAAGCCCAAGGAGCAGCAGCGGAGCGUGCUUCGCCCAGCAGUGCUACAAGCCCCGCAGCCAAAGGUGCUCUCACAGACCGUCCCGAGCAGCGGCACCAACGGGGUCAGUGUCCCGGCAGACUGCCCAGGGGCAGCGACAUCGGCUUCGCCUGACAACCCCGCCCGGAGGAGUCCCUCUGACGAGGCGCCAGCACUUGAGGAGAAAGACUCGCAGAAAAAUGAGUCUAGCAGUGCUUCUGAGGAGAGCUGCGAGAAGAAGGAGCAGCUUGCACAGCAGGCGUUUGUGUUCGGGCAGAACCUGAGGGACAGAGUUAAGUUAAUAAAUGAGAACGCUGAAGUAGUGGACAUGGAGAACGCCGGACACCCCAGUUCAGAAGCACCAGCCGCCACCAACUACUUCCUUCAGUACAUCAGCUCCAGUUUAGAGAGCUCAGCCAACAGUGCCGACGCCGCCAGCAGCAAAUUCAUAUUUGGCCAGAACAUGAGUGAGCGCGUGUUGAGCCCACCCAAGUUAAACGAGGUCAGCCCGGAUGCCAACAGAGAAAACACAGUGGCCGAGUCCGGGUCCGAGUCCUCGUCCCAGGAGGCCACCCCCGAGAAAGCUAAUAACAUUGCAGAGUCACUGGCCGAGUCGGCGGCCGCCUACACCAAGGCGACGGCGCGGAAGUGCUUGCUGGAGAAGGUGGAGGUGAUCACCGGGGAGGAGGCCGAGAGCAACGUGCUGCAGAUCCAGUGUAAGCUGUUUGUCUUUGACAAGACCUCGCAGUCGUGGGUGGAGAGAGGCCGGGGGCUGCUCAGACUCAACGACAUGGCAUCGACAGACGAUGGGACGUUGCAGUCCCGACUAGUGAUGCGGACCCAGGGCAGCCUGCGGCUGAUCCUCAACACCAAGCUGUGGGCCCAGAUGCAGAUGGACAAGGCCAGUGAGAAGAGCAUCCGCAUCACAGCCAUGGACACGGAGGACCAGGGCGUGAAGGUCUUCCUGAUCUCGGCCAGCUCCAAGGACACGGGCCAGCUGUAUGCGGCCCUGCACCACCGCAUCCUGGCCCUGCGCAGCCACGUGGAGCAGGAGCAGGAGGCCAGGACGCCGGCCCCCGAGCCCGGGGCGGCCCCGUCCAACGAGGACGACAGCGACGACGACGACGUCCUGGCCCCGUCGGGGGCCACCGGAGGCGGCGCUGGCGACGAAGGGGACGGGCAGACGGCCGGGAGCACAUAGCGCCGGGAGCCGGCUGCCCACGAGCCUGCUGCUUUGUCCGUCUGUCUGCCCGCCCGCCCGCCCCUCCCUCCGGCAGCGUCGAGGCGCGGGGCUCGGGAACCACACUCCCCGCUGGGUGGCCACAGUCUGGAUCCGCACGUCCCGUUCAGAAGCAGACUCGGGAACUGCCUGAAUGUGGUUUGGGACACGAACCUCAUCAUAUUGAUGAGCAAAACGAAAAAGAACAUUUCUUCCCUCCCCACCUUGAAUUGAAAUGGCACAUUAAGACUUGUCACGGCUUCUCACUGGGACUGGGACCCCUCGUUUCUUCACCCCACCCUCGUCGUGUCGCCAGCUCUCCCCACCUCCACCUGCCCGGGCACCGGGUCUGUCCACACAGUGUCACGCUGGGCCUGCUGGACCUUCUGUUACUACUGUCUUUACCUCCCAGCUCCCACGUUCUGAUUUGGGGGGUUUAUUUUUAGACCUUUUCUUUCCCCCCCAAGGCUUUGUGUUUGGUUUCCUAAAUCGAGGCGCUUCUCUCCUGUGUGUUGAGCAGGCACGGCUCCGUCGUGGGCUGCGUCCUCGUUCCCCCUGUGGCCCCCGGCCCCCGUGCUGGGGGUGCUCCCCACCUGGGGUUCCUCCAGGCCAAGUCGUGGGGUGCGGAGGGGUUGGGCCCUGGGCCUGGAGAGCCUAUCUAGAAAAGGGUCACUGGGCGUGGGAGGGCGUGGGAGGGCUUCCCCCCCCAUCCUCCUGUCUGUCCCCAUAACAUGGGUCACCCGUCAUCAGGCACCCAGGUGCAAACCUGCUUCCUGCUGUUGGCCGUUCCUUCCUUGCCCAGCCCUGGACAUCUCUGCCCCCAAGACCGUUGAGGGCUGGGGGCCUCUGUGAGAGGCAGAGGGGGACCCUGGCAGGGCCUUCAAGGAGGGGGCAGCGAGCAGACCGGUUCCAGACAACGGGCAGAACCCAUGCUCGCAGCACACACAGGAGCGGCGCCCUCUGCCCGCCCCACCCCGUAGCGUGGCCAAGAGCCAGCUGGGUGCCGCCCACCUGGCGGGGCCCGCAGAGGAGGCCUCUGUGCACAGGGCCCUCACAGGGUGAGGGGGAGGCCCGUCUGAGCUGUGCCGCCCACACCUCAGGGUGGCCUGUGCAGCCCGCAUCUGCGUCCGCGCCUGAGCCACGGGACGACACCAAAGGCCCUCCCAGCAGAUCCGGUCACACUUCUCUGCUUUAAGCCUUAGCCAACUAGUGACAAGUAAAACCAGAUAACGCCCAUGUGUUUUGGAACAUUUAUGUAAGAUUGUCAUAUGAAAUGUAUUUGGGAACUACAUUAAAACUUUUAACUAAAA